AUGCCUGAGCAGGACCCCCCCUACGACCCUUACAUCCCCAGCGGCCAGGCUGCACCUCAUCAGGAGCAGGGCAAUGGCGGUAACGCCAGGACACAGGCUCUCCAGGCGCAAAUCGACGACACGGUCGGCGUCAUGCGCGACAACAUCAACAAGGUGUCGCAGCGUGGUGAGCGCCUUGACUCCCUCCAGGACAAGACGGACAACCUGGCCAUGUCGGCCCAGGGCUUCCGUCGUGGUGCCAACAGGGUCCGCAAGCAGAUGUGGUGGAAGGAUGUGAAGAUGCGCAUCUGCCUGGUCGUCGGUAUCAUCAUCCUCCUUCUCAUCAUCAUCUUACCCGCC